CCCAUCUUCCUCAAUUCCUCUAGACCUCCAUCCCCAUUCUCCCAUACUGGAUCUACAAACCAAAGAGCUCAAAACCUCCAUGGAUUUGUCUCAACCAUCUUCUGAACAUCUUUGCUAUGUCCGCUGCAGUUUCUGCAACACUGUUCUCGCGGUUGGAAUUCCAUGCAAGAGGGUGCUGGAAACAGUGACAGUGAAAUGUGGGCAUUGCAGCAAUCUUUCCUUUCUCAGCACUAGGCCUCCACUCCAACCCCAGUGCCAUGAUCACCAUGCCAAUAACUUUCCGGUCUCAUGCAAUGGUUUCAAGAGGGGUCAAUCAUCGUCAUCCUCACCAACAUCUAGCGAACCAUCGUCCCCAAAGGCUCCUUUCGUGGUUAAACCUCCUGAGAAGAAGCAUAGGCUUCCUUCUGCCUACAAUCGAUUCAUGAAGGAGGAGAUUCAACGCAUCAAAGCAGCCAAUCCAGAGAUACCACAUCGUGAAGCUUUCAGUGCUGCAGCAAAAAAUUGGGCUAGAUACAUUCCAAACACUCCAACCAGGUCCACUUCAGAGAGCAAUAGCAAUGCCUAGAGAAUGGAGGAUGAAGCAAGUUUGGGAGUAAGGAAUUGAAGGCAUAAUUAGUGGGGAUUUUAUCAGUUUUAAUUGUGAUGAUAAAUUAGAGGAUAUCAAUUUGUUUUCU